UCAAUAUCUACCGUCCGAUUUGCUCAUCUCUGACAGGUGUUGCGGGUUGAUUUCAGACACCCAAAGCCAGUACAAGCUCAGAUCAGGGCAGAGCUGGUCGAUUCCCAUUGUAUUAAUACUCUGUGCAGUCUGUGGGAAGUCGAAGUUGAAGUGGUGCCUAUUGAUAUUGAUUUCAAGAAAUGGGAAGCUUUGCAAAAGAUGGAGGAGAUGAGCUCAAGGAGACACAACUCACUCUGGGCCUGCCAGGGGUGGUGGAGUCUCACACCUCUCCAAGGACUGCCAAGAGGCCUUUCUCUCAAGCCAUUUCUGAUUCUGAUCACACCAAAUGGCCCAAUCUCAAAGAUGAACAACUCAAUUUGCAACCACCUGAUAAAAUCUCUGGAUCCGAGGAAAACUCCCCUGCACCACAGGCAGAAAUGGCACCUCCUCCAAAGGCACAAGUAGUGGGUUGGCCGCCCAUCAGAUCCUUCAGGAAGAACACUUUGACUGCUAAAUCGAAUUUCAAGGAAGAAGGUCUGUACGUGAAAGUGAGCAUGGAUGGAGCUCCCUAUCUGAGAAAGGUGGACCUCAAAAUCUAUGGCAGCUACCGUGAGCUCUCCUCUGCACUGGAGAAAAUGUUCAGCUGCUUUACAAUGGGGCAAUAUGGAUCGCAUGGACUAAACGAGAGCAAUCUGAUGGAUCUGUUGAAUGGAUCAGAAUAUGUGCCCACUUAUGAGGAUAAAGACGGAGAUUUGAUGUUGGUGGGAGACGUGCCUUGGAAAAUGUUUGUAGAUUCCUGCAAAAGGCUGCGCAUCAUGAAAGGCUCAGAAGCUAUUGGCUUAGCUCCGAGGUCCAUGGAAAAGUGCAAAACCAAAAUGUAAGGGCAAAGCAUUAGCUAUAAACAUUUCUUCUGCUGUGUACCAUACAUCUCAAUCUCAACAUGGGCCGAGCAAUAAUUCAAAUUAGAGAAAAAAAACCCUGACUCAGGGUUUUUUUCUAUGUAAUUGUUUUAAUCAGCGUAUGUGUAUGUAUGUAUUCUUUCAUUUCCUUAGACGAUUAUGAUUGUAUCAUUCUGGUUCUGGUUUGAGGCUAACUAUCUUUUUUCCUCCAUCAAAAUGGAACCUUGCACAUUUUGUACUGGAGUGUGUAUACAAAUUUUCAUACAUCUUACUUUUCGCUA